UAAAAGAGGAAUUUAACCUCGAUAGCAUGCCUAUGGUCGAGGGUUGUAUUAUGGCAAUGGCACUUUUUGGUGCGACAGUAAUCACAACACUCUCUGGAUUGUUAUCCGACAAAUUUGGCAGGUGGGCAAUGCUACUUACCUCAGCAGUAUUGUCCCUUGUUAGUGCAUUGUUGGUCAUAUUUUGGUCUCAGCAUGUGUACAUGCUGCUCUUCGCGAGGCUUAUUCAGGGAUUUAGUAUUGGUUUGGCAGUCACUCUUGUACCAUUGUAUAUCGCUGAGACUGCCCCUUCUGAUAUAAGAGGGAAAUUAAGCACGUUUCCCCAAUUGAGUGGUUCAGCUGGUAUGUUCUUAUCAUACUGCAUGGUGUUUUGGAUGUCUAUGCUGCCAAAUGUUAGUUGGAGAUUCAUGCUUGGGAUACAAUUGAUACCCUCGGUUAUAUACUCCUUAUUGGUUAUCUUCUAUCUACCGGAGACACCAAGCUGGCUUGUGAGCCAAGGAAGGGUGGAUGAAGCGAAGAAAGUUUUGCAAAGACUAAGAAAAGAAGAAGAUGUCUCAGGUGAAAUGGCUAGUCUUUUGGAGGGCACAAGAGUUGGUCAUCAAGCUCCAUCUAUGGAGGAGUACCUAAUUAGCACAAAUGAAAAAUCGUUAAAUGACAAAUCGGUACCCGCUGAAGAAAUGAUAAAAUUAUAUGGAUUCCCAGAAGAAGUGCAUUGUGUUGCCUAUGCACUUAAGAGACAAAACACAGAAGAUAGAGUCAUUGGUCAUUCUACCGGACAUGGAGCAUCAUUCUAUGAUUCGAUUGUCAGCAUUACUAGGUCCUUUCACGAGAGUUUCAUAGAGGAUGCACAUAACAUAUUCAAUGAAGUAAAAGAACAUGGUCCAGUUGAAAGGGAUGAGGAGAAUCAGGACGAUCCCAAAGAGCAUGAUCUGGAACACCAGAGAGAUGAUGUGGACGAUGUUGGUGAGAAUGACCAACUUAUUCAGUCAAAACCCAAAAUAAAUGGUUUGCUAGCAGGCGGCAAAAGUGGCUACAUUGGUGGGGGGUGGAAAUUGGCUUGGAAAACAUCAUCAGUAUACUGUUUGGAUGGGCAUAUGGAUAGUGGCAUGGAACGAUUAUAUCUACAUGAAGAAGUUGUACCAAUAUCUGAAAAUGUCUUGUUAAUAGAUGUUCCAGCAAGUGGGGAUUUGAUAAAAGCAACUGCAUUGGUCAACAAAUCUGUUUUUCAUAAGGACCAGACUGGAAAUAACAAUAUUGAUUUACGUUCACACGAGAAAGGUUUUAAAAGUACAAAAUGGAAUGAUCUAUUGGAGCCUGGUGUAAAACGUGCAUUGGUCUUGGGUGUUGGGAUACAAAUACUCCAACAGUUUGCUGGUAUCAAUGGUAUUCUCUAUUACACUCCUCAAAUACUUGAGCAAGCUGGUGUUGGAGUUCUUCUAUCAAAGGUUGGCAUUAGCCCUUCUUCUGUGUCUAUUUUGAUGAGCGCUAUUACAACUUUGUUAAUGCUUCCCUUUAUAUGCAUUGCCAUGUGGCUUAUGGAUCGCAAAGGAAGAAGACGGCUACUUAUUGUCACAAUACCCAUCUUGGUAGUGUCACUCAUUGUUUUGGUUACUGUCAACAUCGUGAAAUUGAGUGCUGAAUUGCAUGCAUUGCUCUCAACAAUGAGUGUUGGCAUCUACUUUUGCGUCUUUGUCAUGGGAUUUGGUCCAAUUCCUAAUAUUUUCUGCUCAGAGAUUUUCCCCAACAAACUAUUGUUUAGUGUUGCAUCCAAUGCACAGAAGAGAAAAGGUAGAGAGCAUGUAAAGAAAGAUGACACCUAG